AUGGCGACGAUACCAAAAAGGCAGAGAAAGCUAACGAUAGGUGGUCGAAAACUGAUCUUCUUGCUGUUGGCGGCCUUGAUCUACCUUGUGCUUUACCAUAUCCCACCUCCGCCAAAGACCAAGAACAAUACCAGUUCGAAUAGAAAAGCCCCCGAAUAUGAUGUGGACACUACUCCGCGAUAUCUGCAUCUCUCCUCCUUUCGUGAGGACCCUGAUUCAGAAUACGAGAAGAGGAUAUCGGAUGCCCUGCUAGAGAUAGAGAGAAAGGCUCUCCGCGAAAGAAACUGGGAUACCUCCGCAGAAGAUCGAAUCUGGCAAGUUCUCGUGGAUGACAAAAAAGCAUCCAAAUUCAUCACCGAGAUCUUCUCGGGUGUGCCAGAUCUCAAGAAGCUGUAUGAUUCUUACCCGAACCAUGUGAUACGUUCGGGCCUGAUCCGAUAUCUGAUUCUGUGGUACUACGACGGCUUCUACACAGACAUGGACGAAGAUGGACCCAGAAGCCUGAAUGUUUCUCUGGUGGUAGGCACUGAAAUCGACGAGCCGCAUGCCUCCCCGCGCCUCAUGCGCGGACCACGCUACAAAGAAAACACGAUUCUGGAGGUCACUGGACCUGGAGUAUUUACCGAUGCGGCUCUGGAUGUACUUUCUCAGACGCUGUCCCCGACGCACAGCUUGGUGGAAUCGUCUGUGAAUGCGGAUGCGGACAUUGGAGAUCUCGUUUCGUCGUCCACUGGGGUGACUCAAAGGCGAGUGAUGUGGGCCCCGUUCAACAGAAUCAAAGAACUAGUCUGUGUGGACGCCUCGGAGGCCAUGGAUGGAAAGCCCAUGGGGGGCGUCUGCGUCCUGCCUGUGAAUGUAUGGGGAAACGGACAAAGACACAGUGGUGCCGAGGGUUUCCGCAGUAAACAUGCAUGCAUCAACCAUCGCUUUGGGAGAACCUGGAGGAAGGGCUGGAUGGAGUAUUUCUUUGGGUAA